AUACUUUGACUUGUCGUACUGUUUGUUCAUUCAACCACAAAUGUGUGCAGCAGUGAAUUUAAGCGUUCGAAGUGCACAGUAGUGUCUUUAAGAUUUAGUAGUCAGAUCCAUAGAAUAUACAGCACUCUUUGAACAUGGUGCUGCGUGCGAUAGCAUGUCUGUACCAAGAAGCAUACACCGGCCACUCUCGAGGGGUAUGGGUGAUGUCUGUGUGUAUGUUCAUCUGCCGAUGUGGUCGCAUGGUGGUACCCUUUCUCUCGCUCUAUGUGACUGAGAGCCUGCACUACUCAGAGAAGCAAGCGGGACAGCUCAUCAGCAUGUAUGGAUUAGGAGGGAUGAUAGGCUCGUACAUGGCCGGCAAACUGGUGAGACCCUACGGGGCUAUCAGAGUGCAAGUAACCAUGAUGAUAAUAGCCGUACCCAUCUGCCUGCUCGUGCCACAUUGCACUACUUCGUGGAGUAUCACAUCCUCUGUGCUCUUCUUGGCCCUCUUCUGCGAAGGCAUCCGUCCGGCGAAUGCCACCGCCAUUGCCAAAUUGUCACAGCCUGGCCAGCAAGCCCGGUCAUUCUCAUUGCAACGCACAUUCAUCAACUGCGGCAUGAGUCUUGGGCCUGCGGUGGGGGGGGUGCUAGCGAUGUACAGUUUUACGCUGUUGUUUGUGGUGGAUGCUUCGUGCAUGCUUGCUUGCGCUCUGUGGAUGUGGUACAUGCUGGGGUUAGGGCAAAUUGUCAGUCCAGAAGCCACUACUGGUGCAUAUGCAGUGCAAGACAAGGCAGAGAAUGAGAGAGACUGUGGCGAUGUGGAAGCUCGAAGCAGUAUAGCCUCGUGUGCGCAGGUAAGUUCACAUACAGACGAAAUCAGACGCAGACGCGACGCCUAUGAUCACAGCCAGAGUGGUGGCACUAACUUAGGCAGGGAUGAAAGAGACUCGAGCAAUGGAGAAGAUUCAUUAGACAAGACCAACAAGAUAGACAUUGAUGGUAGUAACACAGCCGGCAACAGGAGUGCGAGAGCAGGUGCCGGUGAAGAGACGCUCUUAGACUGGGGUGAGAUAGGGAUAGACAAGAUAUGCACACCGGUGGACGUCACACAGAGCGCUGACAGCUGUAUGGGCAACCCAGUCAAUCAGACACAGCAGGACGUGGCCAGCGGAUGUGGAGAUGACAGCUACAGGAAAGCACAUGCAACGGGAGUGGUGAAAGGAGACAUCGCCUAUGCACCACCACACGCGCAGUCAUCGCGUGAGCAAGCUGAUUCAGAACGUGUUGAACGAGUGCUUCUGCGCACAGAUGCGACACAGCAAGUGCGUGAUAGGAAGCCGUUGCGUGACCCGAUCUUCCUAACCUUCUUGGUCCUUAACUUUUUUACGUUCAUGGCUCUGUUCCAGCUGUUCUCCACCCUCCCACUGUACGCCCGAGACAUGUAUGGCUUCAGCAAGCGCCAGACAGGUGCCCUAUUCUCCAUGAACACGGUGCUGGUGAUAGUGUUUGAGAUGGUCCUGACCACGUGGUCGCAGACCCUGGACCCCAUGCUAACCAUUGGCGCUGGGUCGUUCCUAAUCACCUGGGGGUUUGGCGUCUUCGCAUUUGUGCACCAUCCGUUUAUCAUAUACCUGGGCUGUACGGUGAUGACCGUUGGACAGAUGUUAGCCACCCCCAUCGCAUCGGGGUUUGUGGCCCACAGAAGCAUUGGCAAGCACCAGGGGGAAUACAUGGGCGUGCGUUCUAUUGUCGACUCUGUGGCGUUUAUCCUGGCCCCGUUGAUGGGCACAUACAUAUACACCAUUGAUCACGAGGCUGUGUGGUACUGUUGUCUGGGUGCGGGUGUGUUUGUGUCAUUGGGAUACAUUUGUCUGUCCGUGGUAUUGCGUAGUUGCAGUAGGAUCUCUAGAGAUGGCAGUGUGGAUGAAACUGCCCCCUUAAUCGGUGCGGAUGAAACCACCCCCUUAAUGCGCUCUUGAUUCGGCUUUUGGCCUUAUAUAAACAUCUCAUACCAUGGCAUACACAUAAUUAAUAGCAUACCUGUGACCCGAACGUGACUAGAUAUAAUUUAGUAUAUUAUAGCCUACUACACUGUGACAUGUCGUACUGUGUAUGGACAUGCCUCACUACACACGACCAGCGAUAUACGAGUGGUCUCCGCCCGAACCAUAUAUGCGCAACAGCGGAUCACAACUAGCGAUAGCGCAAAUAAAACGUUCUACGAGAAGAGC